GAAUACUGAGCUUCUUCUAUAGCAUUCGGAAUGCUAAGUCCUCGUUGAUUCUGCUCUGUGAAACUUCAUCCUUGUGUUGAUAUUAGUAUGGUUGCUUUUCAUUGAGCUAAAAUUGAUGAUUCCUUGCAUUCUGGUUGCUGGUUCUCUGGGAAUCGGGUUCGGUUGUCUAACUGCAGAAGGAGAUGAUCUGCUUCCUUCUCUCAGCCCUUCUAUAACUAGUAUUGCUAUUAUGAUAUCAUGCGCAGUAUAUGUUUUGUUAAAUCAAUCAUGCGCUAAUGGUGUGAAUAAUGUACUAUCAGGAGUCUAUAUAGCCUGUGGAACUUCUAUGGGAUCCCUACUGCAGUUGAUAACACAGCAGGCCCUUAUCCAACACAAAACAGGACAGAAGUCUUACUCUAUAUCUUGGAAGGACUUCUUCAAAAACAAACAUGUUCAUGAGCUAUUUUUCUUGAUGAUACCAGCUAUACUUAGUUCUGGCUUGCUGCAGAUUACAUCCCUUACAGAUCUAUAUUUUUCCUCAUUUGUGCCUGGUGCUGCAGCAGCUCUCACUUAUGCACAUCUCUUGGCAAUGGCUCCAAUGGGAAUUCUGUCCAGCAUAAUUGUGCUACCUGUAGUGCCCAUUUUUGCAAGGCAUGUGGAGCGUUGCUCAUGGGUGAGUCUAAAGGAGAGCCUGCUGAAAAUCAUUUUAUUAUCCAUGGUUGUCAGUUUGCCAAUCACAUGCGCUAUUUGUGUUUUGGCAAGGCCACUUGCCAAUUUGGUUUUUCAGCGAUUUGCUUUUGAUUCUGCUGCUAGUGCCUUCGUUUCAUCGUUGCUAGUUUGUUAUUCAAUCAGUUCACCUUUUUGGAUCAUGCGCGAAGUAUUUGCGGCAGUAUUUUAUUCCCUUGGAGAAGGGAACUGGCUAUUUCUCAUCAAUCUGACUGCUAUAUUCUUGAAUGGCAUUCUAGACUGGCUUUCCAUCAAUGUUCUUCAUUUCGGAGCUCAGGGACUGGCACUUUCAACAUCAUGCAUCACAAGUUUAUCAUCCUUGGCUCUCUUGUUUCUCCUUUCAAAGAAAAUAUGUGGAAUGGAAUACAUAAAAGAAGUGAUCAACCCUCUUCUUCGGCUUCUACCUUAUUGUAUUUUUUCAGGAUUUAUCACAAUGAUCUCAUACAAACUGCUACAUCUCUUCCUAUCUUCCAUCCUCAUUUUAAGGUUCAGGCUUGCUGAGCUCUUCUCCAUUUUAUUUGCCGGGUUUCUUGGGAUUUCUGCAUUUUAUCUACCUCUUCUGUUGCUUCCACUUCCAGAAACUAAGUUUGUCAAUGAUACGCUGAAUACAUUGAUAAACAGAAAACAGUUCAUACGUUUCUGAGUGCUAAGGACUUCUUACCCAUCUUAACCAUGACAAAAAGUUUUAACCCAUUUCAGAGAAGAUUAUUUGUUUCUGCAGCUAAUUCAAGUGCAUAUGAAGAGUUCAAGUAUCUGAUCAUGAUUGAAAGUAAGAACUUCAUUUACAUUGUAAUCAUGCAAGUAGGUAUGUGAUUCUCACUUUUAACUUCUUUUUCUUCCAUUUCUUUAUAUGUUUUCAGCAAAUUAUU